AUGAAUGAUAAUAUUAAUAAUAAUAUAUCGUUAAAUGUGGUUGGGGGUAAACCCCGUUCGUUAGUUGAACAGAAACGUCUUCAGUGGGCUCGUGAACGAGACGAAAUGGCUAAUUUAUGUGCGCCAUGGGGCAAAAAUGGAUAUGAACGCUAUCCAAUGAAAGGAUCAUAUCCAGGUGACUAUUAUUACCAACGUAGCUCAUUACCUCCAUUAAACAAAUCCGCUAAUCAUAAACAAGAAAUCUACAAUUCAGACAAUCAGGGUGGUGAAACAUCUGGUUAUGCAAGUGAUUGUGCACCACAUGGUACUUCAGAUGUAUGGUCUAGACGUAGAUCAUCUGGAGUGCUAUGGUCACGUGAUGCAGUCAGGGCAGUAUCACCUACAGACUCAGUAUCAACAACAACUGGUGAACGAUUACGUUGGGGUGAUCGAGGUGUUGGUGUUGGUCACCUAUGGGAACCACAUGAGGUUGAUCAAAGACCUUCCAUAAUGCCUGGGGAUGGUUCACCGCCUGGUUGGCUACAACGUGGCUUAAAGAAUGAUACAACAGAAGUUAUGCUUAUAAAUAGUCAUCAAAGUGAGAAAGAAAGUAGCGAAGAUACUGAAAGUAUUGGUACCAGAUCAUACCUUCGAGGUCAAAAUAUUCCAUUAGAUGCAUCAGUAAUUGCCGAACGUGAACAAAAACGACAACGAGCAAUUUUGCAUCAACAAGCAAUCUGUCAACAACUUGAAGAACGUGAAAAACAGAAACGUGAGGAAAAAGAACGAAAACGUAAAGAGGAACGUUUAGAAGAAGAACGAAUUAAACGUGAACAAGAACAAGAAAGACAAAGAUUAAUGAAAGAACAGCAGAUGGUACAAGAACGUAUUGAACGUGAACGAAAACGCCAAGAAUUAAUGAAACAAGCUUUACAAGAUGCAGAAAGAUCAGCUCAAAUUGAUAAACAGAAAAAGAAGUACGCAAAAAUGUAUGGGUUUGAAGAGAAUAGUAAUCAAUCAAUUUUAGACAACAAAUUAUCUCCGACACCAUCUUCAAGGAUACAUGAUUAUCCUGACAUAGUUCCACCAAUAGCACAAGAACAACAUAAAUUAAACAAUGAUGAGGCUGAAAUGCAUCAUAAACCAAACCCAGAAAGUCCUCGUUUGAAAAAUAGCCCUCGUCAUUCCCCGCAUAAAAUUGCAGACCAAACACAAAAAUUUCAACCAUACAUUGAUUCGUCUUCCGAAGCUAAUCAAACUCCAUUCAAAGCCCAUUCUCGACCAUAUGUCGAUUCAUCUUCUGAAACAAAUCAAACGCCAUUCAAAACUCGGACAUUUGUAGAUUCAUCUUCUGAAACAAAUCAAAUGCCAUUCAAUACUCGGACAUUUGUAGAUUCAGCCUCUGAAACAAAUCAAACACCUUUUAAGCAUCCGGAUGUUUUAAAUCAUGCCGAUGGAUUAGCCUUAGUAUUACAAUCAACGCCAUAUUCAACACUUGACACCGGCAGUCUAUCAAGUCUUCAAUUUGCCUUGCUAAUGACACCACAACAUUCGGCUAAUGGAACUUUACCACCGCAAAUUCCUGUUGCAAUUCCAUUGAGUGCAAGAAGUAAUUCGGUUGCAACAAAUACGCUUAAUUUAACUGAAAAUCGAAUUUUAACCCCAACAAAAUACCGUCAACAAUCAAGUAAUAGUCGCGAUGCAAGUACUCAAACCGAAAAAAUUGAAUUUGGAACGGAAGUAAGACAAAAAGAAUAUAAAUAUGGGAGUCUUGAUCGUCAAACUGUGAAUAGAAGUCGUCGAGAGAGGCGUUUACGAUCAGAAGAACGUUCGGCGGCAUCCGAUCGUCCAAAAUGGGGUGUAAAUAAACCUCCAACACAAUACCUAACACAAAGUGAAAAAGAUCCAGUUUAUCAACGAAGAAAAUUGCAAAAGAAGAUGCAUGAAUUAAAACUUAACGAUGAUAAAAACAAUAACGAUUCUAGUGAAGAUAGUCGAUCCCCAAGUCCCGUUAGUAACAGUAAUAAUAAAAAAACCAUGUCCCGUAGGAAUGAAAAAAUGUUACUCCAUAAUUUAAACGUAUAUCAAACAGAAAUCAUCCCAAUCGAGGCUGAUUCUCGAGGACGCCUAUAUGUGGGGCAAUCCUCACAAAGUGGAAGUCGACGACAAUCGAUUAGUGAGAAAUUUUUUAUAUAUUCGUCACGAAAACAUCGAUUAAAUAAACAAAAUGAAACGAAACGUUUGAGUACAGAUGAAAAUUCAUCUACAUAUUGGCAGAGUGCAGAAAUUCUGAGUCAAUUGUCGAAUUUAAAAAAUAAUUUAUUACAAAAACAAAAAACAUGGGAAACCAGCUCAUCACCAAGAAGUGAUCCAUUAGAUAUUGACACAGACGUUAUAUAAACUUUUUUGGACGUAAUUUUUUACCA